AUGAAUAAGGGCUGGAUACUCUCCCAUUUUAAUCCCCAGAGGAUUAAUAGGAGCAUUUUCCGCCUUCUCCAGCAAAAGGGUCAUCUUGAGGAGGAUCAGAUCGAGAAGCUGACGAUGAUGAGCGGGAAAGAAACCCGUGAGCUCCUGUAUGCAAUGCUCGAGGAGGGAUACAUUCAAACAAAGAUGUUGCGCAAUAUAAUCUUACGUCGAGCGUAUGAGACGAAGGAAAAUCGCCUGCUAAUUGAGCGUCAAGUGAAGAUGGAGUCGAUUAUAGAAACGAUAAAUGCUGACGAAGCUCUGGAUGAGGAGACCAAAAAGCAACAG